ACUUUCUUCCACACCCAGAGAAAGAACACACACACACUCUCUCUCUCUCUCAGCUACCUACCUACCAUAAAAACCAGAUCAACCCUACCCUACUAUCCCUUUCUUUCUUCAAAGCUGUAGAAAAAGCCCUCUUUUUUUCUCGUUUUCUCUAUUUAUCUCCUUGUGUAUUCUGUAGGUAUUGAUGAAGAAAUUGGUUGUUUGAUAUAGCUAUGGAAGGGAAAGAAGCGGUAAAGAUAGAGAAUAUUGCUGGAUCGACGACAUUUCCUGAUCAUAUUCAAAGUAGUUAUUCUCUAAAUGGUGUAUCUGAGUUUUGUGAAGGAGAUAAGAGCUAUUUAGGGUUUAUGGAGCUACUGGGUAUGCAGGAUUUUAAUCCUUCUAUGUUUGAUGUUCUACCGUUACCAUCUACGGUACCGCUGCCUACAGUUAGUAUUAAUCCAGUUAAAAAGAUGGAGUCGCCACCGGAGGUUUUGAAUCAGCCUGCAACGCCUAACUCUUCGUCUAUUUCUUCAGCUUCUAGUGAGGCUUUAAAUGAUGAGCCGGUUAAACCUGUGGAUAUUAAUAAUGAGGAAGAAGAGCAACAGAAGACUGCAAAAGAGUUGAAACCCAAGAAGACAAACCAGAAGAGACAGAGAGAGCCAAGAUUCGCAUUCAUGACAAAGAGCGAGGUUGAUCAUUUAGAAGAUGGGUACAGAUGGAGAAAGUACGGUCAAAAAGCUGUGAAAAAUAGCCCCUUUCCUAGGAGUUACUAUCGUUGCACUAGUGCCUCAUGUAAUGUGAAAAAAAGAGUAGAAAGAUCUUACAGUGAUCCAAGUAUAGUCGUCACUACUUAUGAAGGCCAACACACUCAUCCUAGUCCCGUUAUGCCUCGUCCAAGCUUUGUCGGAGCUGGUAUCAAUUCAGAAUCUAGUUUUUCUCCAAACACUGGUUUUGGAAUGCCAAUGCAAAGAAGACUCUCACUGUAUCAACAACAACAACAACAAUCUUUUGUUCAUAGCUUCGCAUCACCUUUGGGUUUGGGUUACAAUGGAGCUAAUGCUAAUAAUACGAAUGCUAGUUUUGUAAAUGAGAAGCGAUUUUGCACUCCUCCUUCAGUUUCUGGUUUGGUACAAGAUCAUGGGCUUCUUCAAGACAUUGUCCCUUCUCAUAUGUUAAAGGAGUAGUAGAUGAGAAAUGAGAAAUGAGAAAUCCCAAUUACUACUGCUUUUAUAGUUCCAUUAUUAACUGACUUUAAACUUGAAAGGAGGUGUAGAUGAAAGACCCUUUACUGAUAUAUAAAUAUAUAAAAUGCAGUAUGUAAUUUUCUUGCUGACAGGUUAAUUAUGAUGAUCUUUGUUGAAGAAGAAUCCGACUUCUGAUCUUUAUGAAAACUCUGAUUGUUUCAGUGUAA